UCCUUGCCCCGCCCACCACCCGCUGCCCCGUUCCCCUUCCAGACAGUUCGGGGCUCGCUGGGGUCUUCGGCUUCGUCGCCGCGGCCCGGUCUCGGUGCUGCCGAGCUGGAGGCAGCGGGGCAGCGGGACGAGCCGGGGGCGCCCAGCCGGCCCGCCUGCCAGCCGGGCCCGGGGCAACGAGAGGAUCCGGCGGCGCCCAGCCGGUCUGCCGGCCAGCCGGGCCCGGGGCAGCCGGAGGGGCGUCCUCGGCCGCCCACCUGUCUGUCGCAGAUGGAGGCCAGCCUGACGUGCGCCGUGUGCCUGUCCCUCUUCGAGGAGCCGGUGACGCUGCCCCUCUGCUCGCACAACUUCUGCCGGGCCUGCGUGCUGGAGUGCCUGGCCUCCGCCUCGGCCGCCCGCCUGCAGCAGCAGCAGCGAGGCCAGGGGCAGGCCCGUCUCUCCCGUGGGGGGCCGGGGCCGGGCGCUGGCGGCGGCGCGGCCGGCGCCCGGGUGUCGUGCCCACUGUGCAGGAAGUUGUGCCCGCUGCCCCGCGGCGGCGCCGCCGCGCUGCCUGUCAACACCACCCUGGCGGAGGUGGUCAAGCUCUACCGGUCUGGCGCGGCAGGGGCCGCCAAGGCCGGGGAGGCAGAGCAGGGGCCGGGGCCCGGCCUGCUCUCCCCGCUGGCGCUCGGGGGAACCUGCCAGAAGCAUCCGAGCCGGCCGGUGCAGCUCUACUGCCGGAUGUGCCGCCAGGCGGGCUGCGGGCAGUGCGUCUCUGAGGAGCACCAGGGCAUCUUCCACUCCGUCAACCUCAUCGACACCGUGUACCAGGAGGAAAAAGUAACUUUCUUCAGCAGUCUGAAAAAAAUUAGAAUAAUAAAUGAGAAGCUGAUGAAUGAAAUCUCAAGUCAACCUAAUGAUACGGAUAUGGCACUGAACAAUGAUGCGGAGAUAAUUGCACUGGAAUUUGGAGAAAUCUUCAAAACUCUGGAAAUGAAGAAACGGCAAUUGCUAGAAGAUGUUGAAAAUCAAAGGAGUAAAAAAGAGAAAGAAUUUCAGAUUUGGAAAAAAAUGAAAGAAACUCACAAGAAGACCAUUGAGAAUUUUUUGAAGGAUUGUGAAAAGCUUGUCCAUGAGUGUGAUCCUCAGCGUUUCCUGGAGGUGGCCUGUGGCUUGAAUACAAGAAUGAAAACUCAGCUUGACCUGAUGAAUAUAGCAUCCAGCUAUGAAAAACCGCCAGAAUAUACUCAAAAGAAGAUGGACAUCAAACCUGUGGUUAAUGAAAUCUUGGCUUUGAAGUUAAUGCCCAUUAGUGUAGGCAUUGUUAAAGAUCUACCUUCUGGAGGAAAUGAGAACUUGACAAAAAAUACUCUACUUAAAAAUAACAUAAAGCAAUGGCAGGAGCAGAAGAAUAUACCCAACACAUUUCUUCCUGUUGCAGGACAGGAGGAAGCACUAGCAGACGGUAGCAGGAUCUGUACUCGCUUAAUGUCAAUAUCAGAAAUGUCAGCAUUUCAAAACAUGAGUCAUGAGGAGUUGCGUUACAAAUACUAUAUGGAACAUCAGAAGCUCACCAAUGAGUGCAAGACACAAACUUUACUUGCAAAUAGAAAGUAUAAAUUUGUAACUGCUGAGGCUUUGAAGGAUAGGUCUUCAGGAACUCCUUUUGUAUCUUCACCUACCAAAGCUAAUAGCACAGAUAAAGUUAAAAUGGGAACCCUGCAAAGAGCAGAUGGCUUUGAGAGAAGCUUUUCUGGAACCAGUAAUCACAGCAUCCCAUCCACAAAUACAAACUUUUCUGAAAAAAAUGGUGACUUAAAAUUCUUUCAUGAGAGAAGUUCCCAGGAAAUAACCACUCCAGCCUUAUCAGAAAACUCUAAAGACUUAGCAGUUAAAGAAAAAUUGCCAAUGCAGGCAUCGGCAGUUACUGUUUCCAACAAAGUGGACACAAACUCUAGCACUUCAUCUGGCUUAAAACCAGCAGCAUCAGUAGCUGUUACUGUUUCAAAUUCAGAAUUUAUAGAUGCUUCUGCAGAGAUGCUUUCUGCUUCACCUUUUGCUUUUGGCGCAUGUAACAACUCGUUACCAAGAUUUAUUAAAGAAGCAGGUACAUUUUCCUUAAAAAAGAAAGACAGGAAAUAUGUUUUCCCUCAAUUUUAUCUGGGAAAAUGUGAUCGUGCGGAUAAAACCGAUAAUGAGGAUGAAAGCAAAUUUAGAAAACACAGUCCUGUAACCAAAACCACAGUUUCUGAUGCUUCAACCAGUCCUAAUUUAGACUCAGCAAAAAGUGAGAAGCCAGAUUUUUUGUUUCCCUUUGGCAAUUCAGAGAGAGAUUGUUUUACAGGAUUGGGAGUCAGCAAUUCAUCUAAGGUUUUACCGUUAUCCUCACUUUUUAGCCAAUCUGAGAAGCCAUCUGACAAAAAUACAUCAUCUCACAUGAGAGAAAAAACACUUUGUGCAAAGGAAGCUGCAGAAUGUGGUACACAGAAGCCAUCUGUCUCAGGGGAACAAAAAGCUAAUGCCUCAGAAUCCAUCACGACUGUAGCUUGCAGUACUUCAGAAACCAACGCUGCAGCUGGGGCGAGUGAUGUCUCCGAGUGCCCCCUUCUCCCCAGUAAUUGUGUAUUUUCCUUCAGAAGUAACUGUUUUCAGUGGCCUUCACCAGUAUUUUCAUUUGGAAGUAUUGUCAGAAAUGCCUCUGACUCACAGACUUCCUCUGCGUUUUUGUCUGGAAAUGGUACUGAAAAAAUGGAAAAAGAGAUGCUGAAAUCUCCUGACAAAACACCUCUAAAUGUAGGGAAGCCUGUAUCUUCAGAGUGUGCAGAGCCUGCUUCUAGCCAUAGUCAUCCAAAAUGUGAAGGUUUUCUGCUUCCCAUGAACUCACCUAAGAAAACCGAAAGUGCAGAAAUACUUGUGGAUAGUAAUUCUUCUUGCAGUCAGCCUUUAUGUCCAUUUGUGGUUCCUGUUAAAUGCGAGAAUGCAUCUUCCACUCAACUCACUAUUACAGCAACAACACAAGAAGAAACAAAGGUAAAAGAUGAAGAAAGUGAAACUAUGUCUGAAAACAGCUGUCCUCAGAGGGAAGAUGCACCUGAGUCUGUACUGUUUCAGAAUGCAACUUGUUCUGUGCCUGGCACAUGCGAUGAUCCAUCUUCAGGAGGUUCUGUGCUUACGCUAAAUGAGGCAGGAGGAAUGCCAAGUGACAGCGACUCUGACACUGAGGAGCUAAGUCAAACAUCCACCUCUACUGACACCAGCAGCGCAUCAGAAUAUUUUUCUGUUGCUGAAGACAAAGUAUCUACCAGAAGAAAAUCAGAGACAUGAAGAGACAGUGAAAUGGAAGAUAACUUAUACUUAAAUAAGCUGGAAUUGAAUAAAUGCUACUUAACACAUUAAAAAGUGGGGAUACUUGUGAUUUUAUAGCUGUUGUUCUCCCUGAUUCUUGCCAAUUAGCUAUCUCUGUUAGAAACACAAUUGCUUAUCAGCAAGUACAAUGUCCUAAAGUGAUUUUUGUAGUACAAACCCAAAUUGAAGAAACAACCAAAAAAUGUUUUGUCCUGUUAAAGACUUAAGUAUGACUAUAUAUGCUGUAUCUUUAAGAAUGCAGACCUUCCAAGAAAUGCCCCUGGGGUACGUGUGGGUGGUGGGGGACUGAGGUGUCCCAGAAAGCAGGUCCAGUGAAGCCUCAGCAAGAGGAAGCAGUAUGUUGCUGUUUUGGUUACAGCAGCACUUGCACCAGGGUUAAAUCAGUAAGGAGAGCACAGGCAACAGCCUUCUCCUAGGGAAGGGCAGGGAGGGAGCAGAGCCAUGGGGAAAAUAAAGGAUGUUGAACGGCAUUACUGAAAACUGUUUUGCGCAUCUCCCUUUGGUGGUUUUCUUUUUCUGUGAUGUAUUUGAUUUGUAUUGAAGGUGCAACUUCUAGUGUGAUUUCAAUAAUUUCUCUUAUGCUUUUGAAAUUAAGACACCACAUCAAUGUUCUUGUUAUACACUGCAGAAAGGAAAUGCUGCCUUUAUGAAAAGUAACCAUCGCAAUUAUUCUCAGUUCCUUUUGGCACCAGUUUGGGAAACCACAGACAGAUAAUAACUUGCUGUUUUGAUGAAAGCAUUAGGAGAAUCUAGCUUUUAAAUUACAGAAGUCUCCUUUUAAAAUUCGUGUAACAAUAGGAAAAAAGGAAAACAGCACUUCCUACUGCAAGUAUUAAUGAUCCAGAACUCACUGAAUUCUUAGUCUGUGAAAUAUGAUACAAAGUGAGGAUAAAAAUACCAUCUUUUCUAAUGUAUUAACCAUUUUUUUGCAGCUAAGAGAUAAUUGUGCUUUAGCUAUUAGAAUAGGCAGAUGGUAGUACUAUUUCAGAUUAAAGCACUAUUUCCUUUAGCAUUCACUUUCCAGCAAGAGCUGGUGCCAGAUUUUAAAUAAACUAGUCCUGCAUUAGUUAGACAUGUCAACUGGCAAGUAUUAGAUCAGAAUGUUUAAUGUCCCUUCAGAAUUUUUCACUGGCAACUACAUAGUAGUCUUAAAAAAAA